CGGUUUUGGCUGCGAUCAUCCGCGGAGGCCGGACUCGUGGGGCGCCUGGAGUGAGGGUUCUGGAUCCCGCCCGCGAGGAUUGUUAAAAUGAGUCUUCGGAAGCAAACCCCUAGUGACUUCUUAAAGCAAAUCAUCGGACGACCGGUUGUGGUAAAAUUAAAUUCUGGAGUGGAUUAUCGAGGGGUCCUGGCUUGCCUGGAUGGCUACAUGAAUAUAGCCCUGGAGCAGACAGAAGAAUAUGUAAAUGGACAACUGAAGAAUAAGUAUGGGGAUGCAUUUAUCCGAGGAAACAAUGUGUUGUACAUCAGUACUCAGAAGAGACGGAUGUGAAGACACCAAGAGAGCAACGCUUUUCAUAGUUGGAUAUAUUUUUUUAUGAAUUUUUUCUAAUUUUUCCUUCUUUUGUGAUACAAUUUGUCCUGUUUUUAUAAUAGUUGGUGAUUUUUCACUGACAUGUAAGACAAAUGUACACAAUUGUGGAUUUAAUUGUGAAAUAUUCUGUCACAUUUAAGUUUCAGUCAUUAUACCUCAUUGUCAGUGUACAGAAUGCUAAAAGAAUAAAAAAAAGACAAAAUAUAUCUCUUCCUACAAGAUUCUUUAACUUAA